CCAUGGCCAGCUCUCCCAGGUCUCCCUCCGCCACGCUCGCGCAGAAUCCGCUCUCGCUCCGGCUCUACAAGGUCCUCGCGGCGAACUUUGAUGACGAUGCCACGAAGGAGGCGCUGGAGACCCUCGCGGAGCUCUAUGCACCCACGCCGAGCCCUGGUGUGGCCGUGAAGACGAAGAGGCGGGAGAAGCUUACGAAUGGGCAGGUGCCCCAGUUCAGUGAGCCGGUCCCCGGGGAGAUUGCAGCGAACGCGCGCAAGAACCUGAGGCGCGACGUCGAGAGCAAGCAGGCAGAUUCGAGCCGCCGAUUCCUCGUCGCAUUUGCUGAGGUAGACAAGCAACUUGAUACCUUGUCUGAACACCUCAGUGUUAUGCGCACCCGUUGCGACGAAGCGCAGACACAGCUCCAGGCGACGAACGAGGCGUGCAGGGCGCUGCUUGACCGUGCUGGUAGUCUGCGUGAACAAAGGCGAGAGAUGGUCUUUCAAUAUGUCACGACGCGCCAGAGUAUUGUGACCGCGUUCCUUGAACGUUUCACGCUCAGCCCAGACGACGUGGACGCCAUUGUCUUACGAGAAAUUCCCGUGAACAAGCAGUUCUUCUCGGCUAUGGACAAAGCUGAGCGGAUACGAGACGACUGCCGAGUGCUAAUGGCGGCUGAAGAUGGCCCUACGAAGGCAGGGGUGGACAUUCUCACUACAACAUCCGGAUACCUUGAACAGGCGUACGACAAAAUAUUCCGCUGGUGCUCCUUCGAGUUCCGCCAGAUGGGCAGAGAUGCACAGCUAGAGGUUGAUUCAUCCACGAGGGAAGCCGUCCGCAGACUGAGAAAGCGUCCUGAACUCCUUGCCGACGCGCUAAACGUGCUCUCGCAGACUCGUCAGGCAACCCUACUCAAUACCUUCACAGUCGCGUUAACGCGCGGCGGCCGCGGCGGUCUACCACGGCCUAUCGAGCUGCAUGCUCACGACCCACUGCGGUACGUCGGCGACAUGCUUGCCUGGGUACAUCAAGCCAUUGCUGCGGAGCGGGACUUCCUCGAAGGGCUUUUCGGUAGGAGGGCUGAGGAAGGCGGUCGGAUGGUCGGUGCCCCACGAACCCGCAGCGACAGCGUAGAAGAGGAAUGGAUGGCUGAACUUAUGGACCGAGCCGUUAGCGGGCUGUGCACGCCGCUGAAGAAUCGCGUCCAGCAGACGGUGCGCUCGCAGGAGAGCAGCAUCACGUCGUACAAGAUUGCGAACCUGCUGCAGUUCUACAUGCUCACGAUGCAACGCACGAUUGGCGCGGAUGCGAUGCUCUCGAAGGCUCUACGAGAGAUGACAGACUUUGCAUUCAAGGUGUUUUACGACGCAGUCGAAGCACAAGGCCGAUCCAUUCUUAGGGUUCAGUUGGAGCUCGACGACCCGAGUCUGACACCUCCUCUCGCCAUCCUCGACCACGUCCAAGUUCUGCGCGAGAUUCUACUUGUUUACGAUUCGUCUCUCGGCGACGAGACUUCUCUCCGGGGCAGGGGGUCAGCCUGUGAUGAUGACGAGCGAGACGCUGCAGCCGAGGGCUGCCGUGUCAUCCUAGACCGCAUGGUAGACCCCGCCAUUGAGAUGUGCGUCGUCAGCGCAGACGAAAAGCAAAAGUCUAGGCCGAAGUGGGACUGCGAAGUAUUUGUUAUCAACGCCAUGACGUAUCUGCAGGGCGUACUGGAACCAUUCGCGUUCACCACAGAUAAGCAAAGCGUCAUCCAGGGGCUUGUCGAGGGGCGCAUUAUACAGCUCAUCGAGGACCAUUAUGCGAACUUGCUUGCUGACAGCGGGCUUGGUGAUAUCAUCAACGCAUGGCGGACGCGUCGAGGGAACGAACCGCUGUCUCAUCUGCCGUCUGCGUCAACGACCCGCCUUCAGGCUGCGCUGCACAAGUUCUCGGCUUGGCUGACGAGCAACACCGUCGACCAUCCGCCGCGCUUGGCACAGCUGACAGUGCAGAGUGUGGCAAGCAAGGUGCACCGCGCCGCGUUGACGCGACUGGUCAAGACAUACCGCUAUCUGUGCGAGGAGGUCAAGAAGCCGGAGAACAGAUACGAGGCGGCGGCGACGGUGCUGGGGAGUGAACGACCGUUCGGGCAGGUGCAUUUGUUGUGGCAAAUUUUUGGAAUUGAAGAGGGAGAGGUCUCUGAGGAACGAGGAGCGUAGAGCGUGUAGUUGUAUUUGGGCUCGAAAAUUACGAUCACGUAGCGCCUAUGCUUGCCCAUUUUCGGAUGAGCCUGGCGUAGACGCUGUGCCCCUUCACAUCCGACGCUCACCUCCCACUAAACCCUCCCUUUUCUCUGCCUCUUUAUCCCUUCAAGUCGCCUACAUCUCCUCUGUAUCAUACUCACGGACUGGCUAAUAUAAUCUCAUAUGUCUGCAGACCAGCAGCUGGCUAUUGCGAGAGCGCCCAGAGGCGAAUCCACCCAUCUCAGCAGGACUGCCGCCAAAGUCGUCCCUCCUUUCCUUCAGAAACUGUAUGAGUACGUCCAUUUUCUCU